CGACAGGUUUGGUUUAUUGUCGCGUUGUAUGCUGCAGGUGGAAGUCAGAAUACAGAUAGCAACCCUGUCAUAACUCUGGGGCUUGCUUGGUUCUAGGGUAGAGAAGCCCCUGUGUUGGGCAUCAGGCGUUUGAGGCAGUCCUUAGCUAACACAAAGCCAUGACUUCCUUGCUUACGCAAUUUACACGGCCGCUCUACGAGAGCUUGGCUCGGACCUACCGCGCAGCUCUUGGUGAGAAGCUUGCGCAUUAUGGCCUGCGCUUUGACGACCUCCAGGACCCGCUGAAGGACGAGGAUGUCGCGGAGGCUCUGAGGCGUUUGCCUCCCGACGUCGUUGUCGCCCGGAACUGUCGUCUGCGGCGUGCACUGGACUUGUCGCUGAAGCAUGAGGGGCUGCCGGCCGACCUCCUCGCGAAGCAGACACCUGAGCUUUCGUACAUGCAGGAGGUCCUCGCGGAGGUUCGCGCUGAGCGCCGUGAGCGCGCUCAGCUGGGUGCUCCGGCACCGUACACCCGCAUCUACUACGACUAAAUCAUUCCGCCAGCAACUCGCGCUCCUGGCUUAACCGAUGCUCGGGUUCUGGGUUCAGGACCCCUGAUGGCAGUACCCCUGCGGGUUUUGGGGGUUUCACGAAGUAGAAAAAAAGCGUGCGCGUACACGCAGAUUGGGGCAAGCCGUGUGCAUAGCACGUGCGUGCGGUUUAGUGGUUGUGCGCUUUUGUGUGAGAGUCGUUGCGAAUGUGGGGAUUCCUUUCAGGCGGCGUAGCAUCGUGGCGAACGUGGCAGGUUUCUAUUUGGGUUGCGGCAGAAUGUGUGCAAGAUGCCACUGGACAGUACUGUUCCUGGUAGUAUACGUUUCCGAGGUGCCUAUACGUAUUAUGUAAUGCAAUGUUGGUUCG